ACGGAGACAUUCUCCUUAAGAACUAAUCAACCUCUUGACCCUGCAACCCUUGCGAGCCCAGAUCUCCUGUCAGACACACCAGAUGUCAGAAUGUCUGCUGUCUUUACUCCAGAUAUCUAUGAAGAAAGAGCUGAAACUAAUAAAUUGGAGGAAAGAGAAUCUGUGGCCACUGUAGAACAAUUCAAAGACAGAGUAGAAAAGGCUGGUGAAAUUAACAAUCGGAUGAAUGUUAGUAAACUGAGAGGACAACAAAUUGAUGCUAUCAAAGAUAAAUUUUCACUCUAUGGGGCCAACGCCCUUGAAGAGCCAGUCAUAAAGAACACUGACAUUGAGAAACAAAGUUUAAGUAGAUCUUACACAGAUGUUAGAGAAAUCACAUUGUUCUCCCCCCCUACCACAGAGACAGAAAAAUACCUUGGGCAGAAAUCUGCUAGGACAUGUGGUUCUCAAGAAGACCUUGUCCAAGAUGGAUUUGAACAGGUCAUUGAAAAGCGUGCAGACAAAAAACACCCCCCAGAUAUUAAGAAACCUAUUCGGAAAAAACUUAGAGACAGAUCGCGUUCUGGAUGUAGCAGUUCUGAGGGAGAGUUGGAAAGGAUGAGCUCUGAGGAGUCCUUAGAUGGUGAUGCUAUUCUUAAAGAGAGUAGCCUUUUAUCCACCCAAGUUGUCGAGCCACCAGCUUCUCCUUUGGUGGUUGAGACACCUAUAGGAUCAAUAAAAGACAGGGUAAAAGCUUUACAGAACAAAGUUGAAGAGGAAGAAGUGCAAAAAAAUACUAAAGUCUUUACAUACGAUGGAAAAUCUUCUAUUACCACAAAGAAAAUGGAGGAAGCUAUGCCAGAACUUCCCAGAGUUCCUAAGUCACCUAGAUCUCAGACAGAAAGAUUAGAGGAAACUAUGUCAGUGAAGGACCUGAUGAAAGCUUUCCAAACUGGGGAGGACCCGUCAAAGAGUAAAUCUGGGCUUUUUGAACACCAAUCCUUGCAGUCUUCUUGUAUUUCCACAUUGAUUUCUGAAUCACCAGGUUCGGAAACGGUGCAUGAUAUAGAACAAAGACCUACACAGGAGCCAAAAUCACAAAUCCAAACUCAAAAGCCCACGAUUUUCCAUCAACAGAGUAGUGUCAAGAAAGGGGAUCAAACAGACAUCAAGGAUGAACCAGCAAACUUAAUCAGCUGUAAAGAAUCACAGUUCACUUCAGACAGUGUUUAUAUUGAAAAGAUGGUUAAAUUUAGUGAUACUGUUCAACGAGAUGAUGAAAGUGUUAGCCCAUUGCGAGAGGUAUCGAACUUGUCAGAGAAGGAGGGAUUCUCUGUGAAACAUCUGAUAAAAACAUUCCAGACUGGACAAGAAGAUCAAAAAGGUAAAGCGGGGCCUCAUUCAACACUGAUAUUAGACUCUAAUGAUUCUGAAGAGAGAGAGACAAAUGAACAAAGUCCUACACAAGAGCCAGAAUCACAAAGCCAAUCUCAGAGACCCACGGUUUUCCAUUCGAAGAGUGACGCUGAUGUACACAGCGUCAUAAAGACAGACACAGAUGAUCAAUCACAAAGUUUAAUCAAAACGGAACCACAGUUAAUUUCAGACAGUUCCCUGUUGAGAAAGACAGUUACGUUUGCUGACACAGUUCAGUAUGAUGCUGUAAGCCCACAGCGAGAUGUGCCAGAGUUUUCAGAAAAGCAAAAUGUGUCUGUUAAGGAGCUGAUGAAAACCUUCCAGUCUGUAAAAGACCCCUCAAAAACUAAAGUGGAACUUUUUGAACACAAACCUGUGGCUUCCUCUAUUUCAACAUUAAUAUCCCAUUUAGGAGAUUCUGCAGAGAUACAGAGUACUGAACAAAGUCCUACAAAACAGACAAAUACUCAAAUCCAAAGUCAGACCCUCACAAAUGUACAUCAACAGAGUGAUGCCAAGCAAUAUGACCAAGCAGAAUUGGUUGAUCAACCAGUAACCUUAAUCAAAGAGGACUCACAGAUAAUUUCAGAUAUUCCUUAUGGAAAGUCACUAACAUUUGUAGAUACACUUCAGGGUGAUCAAUUAUGUCGUAAUGAGGGGCCAAAGAUGUCACAUAAAGAUGCCAUGUCUGUGAAGGAGCUGAGGAAAACAUUUGAGUCUCAGAAAGACCCUUUGAAGAGUAAAGUUGGAGCACUAGGGUCAGAGUCAGGGAUUGUCACAACUUUCCAACCGCAGAGAGAUGUGAAGGAUUUAGAGGCCCAAACUGGCCUUCUACAGAAUCCUGAGAGUUCACAACAAAUGUCAGACAUUUCUUGUUUUGGAGAAACAGUAAAAAAUGCUUAUGGAAUUCAGUUAGAUGACGGAAGGGUUAGCUCUUGGAGUGAUGAUUCAGAGUUAUCAAGAAGGAUAAUGCAACUCGAAGAACCAGCUAUUAGAAAGAGUAUAUCUGAUGAUACACAGAUUAGCCCUGAUCGCAGACCUUCUGAGGACUUUAGUGCUGACAUAAAAGCUGAGCUGGAGGAGAGUCCAAAGUACCAGCAGUUCAAGCAAACAGCUUCAGAUGUCAGACAUCAACUUGAGACACCUGAAGAGGAGAGCUUUGCUCAGGAUUCUGAUACUUAUUUUGAGGAAGACAUAAGUCCCAAGUAUCUUGAGAGUCACAAACAUAAAGGCAUGGAUAAAUUCUCGGAGACUAGUGUUAUUACAACAUAUCACUCCAGCACUGGUGAGAGAGACAGUUCUGAAGGACUGUCAGGACUGAGCAAUGAAAUCCAUUCGUACUCUACUAAAGAAGAUGGAAUGUACGUUAUACCAUCAGAGGAAGAUCAAAUCCAAGUAGAGAUAAAAACAUCUAGUCAGGCUGAUGUAAUUAGAGAGAAAGAACUCAUGCCAACUUCAGUAACUGAGACGUCACUCCAGGAGGUUUACAUUGACAAAAAGGUACAUCAACAAUCAUAUGAGCAUUCCGCAAAACCAAAGGAGAUGGCAGGGAUGCUAUCCCUGCUGAACACUGACCUGGAUCAGUACCUCAAGGACAAGCCAGUGAAAAGUGAGCAUGCAGAGGAGGUUGUUGUUCAGGAAAACUUUGAACAAGUUAUUCACACCAAAAUACAUCAGUCUUCUAGUGCUGAUAUGGAGGAUGAUAUUAAUGAUGAAGAGACACAGAUUGAUGUGGCUGAAGUAAAAGAACUAACACGAUGUUCUAUAUCAGAGACUUCAUUUCAACAAACUUGCAUUCAGAAAAGCUUAAGCCUACAACAGUCUACAACGGAAAAGCAAUCUACAUCUGAGAAAAAUAUGUCUGGCCUGUUGUCACUUCUCAAUAAUGACUUAAAUCAACAUCUUCAGGAAAGGCCAAUGGCAGUACAAUCUGAACCAGAAGAAGAUCUAGUCCAUGAAAGUUAUGAAGAAAUUGUAUUGUCAAGUCAUGAUUUACAGGACAAACUAGGUGGUGAGGAAAAUGAAGUUCUGCAGACUAAUGUAACUACAGAGAAAGGACUCACACAAACUUCUGUGAGUGAGACUCCAUUUCAAGAAACUUGUACUGAGAGAAACUUAAAACAACAAGAAUCUGCAAGUGAGAAGAAUAUGUCAGGCUUGAUAUCACUUCUUAGCAGUGACCUAAUUCAACAUCUCAAAGAAAAGCCAGUGACAAUACAAUCCAAGCCACAGGAAGAGCUAGUCAGUGAGAGGUUCCAACAGGUCAUAUUGACACGUGAUAAUUCGGAGGGCAAAAUAGAGGGAGAGUCAAAUGAAGACCUUCAGACAGAUGUAAUUGGAGACAGAGAAAUACCAAGUUCAGUGGUGGAAACUCCAUUCCAAGAAGUUUGUAUAGAGACAAAGGCACACCACCAGCCAUCUACAUCUGAGAAAAAUAUGUCUGGCAUGUUGUCACUUCUUAGUCAUGACUUAGGUCAACAUCUUCAGGAAAAGUCAAUGGCAAUGCAGUCUGAACCAGGAGAAGAUCUAGUCUGUGAGAGAUGGGAACAAAUUAUAAUAAAAAGUAAUGAUUUACAGGUCAAAAUAGGGGAAGAGCCAACUGAAGACCCACAGACUGAUGAAAUUAGAAAGAAAGAGCUAACGCCAACUUCAGUAACUGAGACUCCAUUCCAGGAGGUUUGCACUGACAAAAAGGCACAUCAACAAUCGUAUGAGCAAUCCGCAAAACCAAAAGAGAUGGCAGGGAUGCUAUCCCUGCUGAACACUGACCUGGAUCAGUACCUCAAGGACAAGCCAGUGAAAAGUGAGCAUACAGAGGAAGUUGUUGUUCAGGAAAACUUUGAACAAGUUAUUCACACCAAAAUACAUCAGUCUUCUAGUGCUGAUAUGGAGGAUGAGAUGAAUGCACAGACAGAUGAACAGACACAGAUUGAUGUGGCUGAAGUAAAAGAACCAACACCAUGUUCUAUAUCAGAGACUCAAUUUCGACAAACUUGCAUUGAGAGAAAUUUAGAACAACCAAAGUCUACAAGUGAGAAGAAUAUGUCAGGCAUGGUAUCACAUCUUAGCAGUGACCUAGUUCAACAUCUCAACGAAAAGUCAGUGACAAUACAAUCCCAACCACAGGAAGAGCUAGUCAAUGAGAGGUUCCAACAAGUCAUAUUGACAAGUGAUACUUCAAUAGACAUGAUAAGGGGCGAACCAAGUGAAGACCUUCAGACUGAUGUAAGUGGAGACAGAGAACUAACACCAAGUUCAAUGGUGGAAACGUCAUUCCAAGAAAUUUACAUAGAGAGAAAGGCACAGCGCCAGCCAUCCUCAUCUGAGAAAAAUACGUCUGGUAUGUUGUCACUUCUUAGUCAUGACUUAGAUCAACAUCUUCAGGAAAAGUCUGUACCAGUGCAACCUGAACCAGAAGAACAUCUAGUCCAUGAGAGAUGUGAACAAAUUAUAUUGUCAAGUAAUGAUUUACAGGACGAAAUAGAUGGUGAGGCAAAUGAAAACCUGCACACUGAUGUCAUUACAGAGCAAGAACUCAUGCCAACUUUGACAACUGAGACUCCAUUACUGGAAGUUUGCCUUGAAAAAAUGGUACAAUAUCAACAGUCAUAUGAUCCAUCUACAAAACCAAAGGAGAUGUCGGGCAUGCUAUCCCUGCUGAACAGUGACCUGGAUCAGUACCUCAAGGACAAGCCAGUGAAAAGUGAGCAUACAGAGGAAGUUGUUGUUCAGGAGAAUUUUCAGCAAGUUAUUCACACCAAAAUGCAUCAGUCUUCGAGUGCUGAUAUGGAGGAUGAGAUAGGUGCACAGAUGCAUGACCAGACACAGAUUGGUGUGGAUGAAGUAAAAGAACUAACACCAUGUUCUAUAUCUGAGACUCAAUUUGAAGAAACAUGCAUUGAGAGAAAUUUAGAACAACCAAAGUCUACAAGUGAGAAGAAUAUGUCAGGCAUGGUAUCACAUCUUAGCAGUGACCUAGUUCAACAUUUGUCAAAAAUGCCAGUGAAAAUACAAUGCAAGCCACAGGAAGAGCUAGUCCAUGAGAGGUUUCAGCAAGUCAUAUUGACACCUGAUAAUUUGGAGGGCAAAAUAGAGGGAGAGUCAAAUGAAGAGCUUCAGACAGAUGUAAUUGGAGACAGAGAAUCAGCUUUGGAAACUUCAUUCCAAGAAGUUUACAUAGAGACAAAGGCACAGCACCAGCAAUCUACAUCUGAGAAAAAUACGUCUGGCAUGUUGUCACUUCUUAGUCAUGACUUAGAUCAACAUCUUCAGGAAAAGUCUGUGGCAGUGCAACCUGAACCAGAAGAACAUCUAGUCCAUGAGAGAUGUGAACAAAUUAUAUUGUCAAGUAGUGAUUUACAGGACAAAAUAGAUGGUGAGGCAAAUGAAAACCUGGACACUGAUGUCAUUAGAGAGCAAGAACUCAUGCCAACUUUGGCAAGUGAGACUCCAUUACAGGAAGUUUGCCUUGAAAAAAUGGUACAAUAUCAACAGUCAUAUGAUCCAUCUACAAAACCAAAGGAGAUGUCGGGCAUGCUAUCCCUGCUGAACAGUGACUUGGAUCAGUACCUCAAGGACAAGCCAGUGAAAAGUGAGCAUACAGAGGAAGUUGUUGUUCAGGAGAAUUUUCAGCAAGUUAUUCACACCAAAAUGCAUCAGUCUUCGAGUGCUGAUAUGGAGGAUGAGAUAGGUGCACAGAUGCAUGACCAGACACAGAUUGGUGUGGAUGAAGUAAAAGAACUAACACCAUGUUCUAUAUCUGAGACUCAAUUUGAAGAAACAUGCAUUGAGAGAAAUUUAGAACAACCAAAGUCUACAAGUGAGAAGAAUAUGUCAGGCAUGGUAUCACAUCUUAGCAGUGACCUAGUUCAACAUUUGUCAAAAAUGCCAGUGAAAAUACAAUGCAAGCCACAGGAAGAGCUAGUCCAUGAGAGGUUUCAGCAAGUCAUAUUGACACCUGAUAAUUUGGAGGGCAAAACAGAGGGAGAGUCAAAUGAAGAGCUUCAGACAGAUGUAAUUGGAGACAGAGAAUCAGCUUUGGAAACUUCAUUCCAAGAAAUCUACAUAGAGACAAAGGCGCACCACCAGCCAUCUACAUCUGAGAAAAAUACGUCUGGCAUGUUGUCACUUCUUAGUCAUGACUUAGAUCAGCAUCUUCAGGAAAAGUCUGUGGCAGUGCAACCUGAACCAGAAGAACAUCUAGUCCACGAGAGAUGUGAACAAAUUAUAUUGUCAAGUAGUGAUUUACAGGACAAAAUAGACGGUGAGGCAAAUGAAAACCUGCACACUGAUGAAAUUAGAGAGCAAGAACUCAUGCCAACUUUGGCAAGUGAGACUCCAUUACAGGAAGUUUGCCUUGAAAAAAUGGUACAAUAUCAACAGUCAUAUGAUCCAUCUACAAAACCAAAGGAGAUGUCGGGCAUGCUAUCCCUGCUGAACAGUGACCUGGAUCAGUACCUCAAGGACAAGCCAGUGAAAAGUGAGCAUACAGAGGAAGUUGUUGUUCAGGAGAAUUUUCAGCAAGUUAUUCACACCAAAAUGCAUCAGUCUUCAAGUGCUGAUAUGGAGGAUGAGAUAGGUGCACAGAUGCAUGACCAGACACAGAUUGAUGUGGCUGAAGUAAAAGAACUAACACCAUGUUCUAUAUCAGAGACUCAAUUUGAAGAAACAUGCAUUGAGAGAAAUUUAGAACAACCAAAGUCUACAAGUGAGAAGAAUAUGUCAGGCAUGGUAUCACAUCUUAGCAGUGACCUAGUUCAACAUUUGUCAAAAAUGCCAGUGAAAAUACAAUGCAAGCCACAGGAAGAGCUAGUCCAUGAGAGGUUUCAGCAAGUCAUAUUGACACCUGAUAAUUUGGAGGGCAAAAUAAAGGGAGAGUCAAAUGAAGAGCUUCAGACAGAUGUAACUGGAGACAGAGAAUCAGCUUUGGAAACUCCAUUCCAAGAAGUUUACACAGAGACAAAGGCGCACCACCAGCCAUCUACAUCUGAGAAAAAUACGUCUGGCAUGUUGUCACUUCUUAGUCAUGACUUAGAUCAGCAUCUUCAGGAAAAGUCUGUGGUAGUGCAAUCUGAACCAGAAGAGGUUGUAGUCAAUGAGAGAUGUGAACAAACUACUGUGAAAAGCAAUGAUUUACAGGUCAAAAUAGCAGAAGAGGAAAACGAAGAGCUGCAGACUGAAGUAAUGGGAGACAGAGAAAUACCAAGUUCAGUGGUGGAAACUCCAUUCCAAGAAAUUUGCAUAGAGAGAAAGGCGCACCACCAGCCAUCUACAACUGGGAAAAAUAUGUCUGGCAUGCUAUCACUUCUUAGUCAUGACUUAGAUCAGCAUCUUGAGGAAAAGUCAGCAGUAGUGGAAUAUGAACCAGAAGAUGAACUAGUCCAUGAGAGCUACAAGCAAGUUAUAGCAAUAAAGGAUUUCAAACAAGAAACUCAUGCCUUAUCUCCUGAACAUAAACUGAUGUCCCCAGCAGAUACAAUUUUUGACAGCCUGGAUAUCACUAAAAAACAACCUUUGGAAAGUGGUUGGCACACAUGUUCUAAAGAAGAUGAAGGCCUAAAGAGUUUUUCAUCUGAAGAAAUUAAAACCUUAACAACGGAAUGGAUGGUGGAUGGGAAGUCAUAUGCACAUGACUAUCAAAGUGACCAUGAAGAUGUUAGUGUUGCUGUCUCUGAUCCUGUUCUCAGAACACAUCUUUUUCAAGUACCAAGUAGUUUUAACACACUACAGCGACCGGCUGAUUUAGAAAAUCUAAACACUGUUGUAUUUGAUGACCCAGCUAAUGAGUCAUGUCAUCGAGAUUCACUAGAAGCUAGCCCUCUUGUGGAGGAUAAAUCGUCACAGAAAUCCCCUGAUUCAAUUGAACCAAGCCCUACCAAAGAAUCUCCUUGUCCAGACUCUCUUGAAGGAAGUCCUACUCAGUCAAGCAAUGCAGAAGUGAAGAUCCCAGCAACGACUGCUGUAUAUGAAGAUUAUGCUUCCCAGCUCAGAGCAUGUUUUGCUUAUGACAAAAAUAUUUACUCAGAUGAAUGUGAGCAUGUUGAACGUGAUAACAAUCUUGAGACAACUGAAAUACACAGUGAAAAUAUAGAAGACAAAUAUUCUGAAUCCACAAAGAGAGUAGCUCAUGGUGAGAGUCUUCACAUGUUCGUCCGGCAAGACUGUUUUGACACAGAAGAAAGGGCGGUUGAUGGCACCAAUAAACAGUUAACACCAGAAGAGGAGAUGUUUAAAAUGGCUGCAAAGAUCAAAACAUUUGAGGAGAUGGAACAGGAGUCUAAACUGCGGAGAGAAAAAUCUUUUGAUGCUAUGGUACUAUCAGAAACAAAUGGUCAGGAAAAUGGUGAGGUUGAUCUUAAAUCUAGCCCGGUUUCACAGUCUGUCCCACAAGAUACAAUAGAGAAAAUAACAGAGAAAUAUGUGACAGAAAGCAUUCACACACUUACGGAGGCACCGAAUAUUGCUUUUAAUAAGAAAGAAGAAAUUCAGUCACAUCCUAAAAGUACUCACUCAGUUGACAACUCACUGUGUUUAACUGCAACUCCAGAUGAACCUGAUCAAGAAUGUGAGUACUCUGUGCCACACAAAGAUAAAGACACUAUUGGAGGUGUAGUCACUGACAUUCCUUUUUCUGGAUCAGAUGAACAUCAUUUAAAUGAUGACAAAGAAGUUGGAUCACCAUUUACAAUCGGUUCAGCUUCAGUCAGCCAACCUCAGACUACAGUGUGUACUAAAGAAGAAGAAUUUGUUGUAGAGUGUGAGGGUCUUUGCAUUUCAGAGGACAGAAAAACACCAGAUAAAACACCAGGUGAUGAAAAAACCCCUGAUCCAUUUCAGUUUCAAGAGGGAAAGCUAUUUGAAAUGACCAGAGGUGGAGCUAUUGACAUGACAAGAAGCUUUGAUGAAGAAAGGGAAGCACAUGCCUUUUUUCAUAUUGGGGAACAUCCAGUUGAUGAAGUUGUCCCAGAAGAGACUGAACACUCUCAAUCAAAGUCUUUAACUUUACAGAUGAGUGAUUAUGUCUCAGAUGUAACCCAUCAGGAAACCCCAAAUUCAUAUUUGACUCAGGGUACCAGUGACAAAGCAUCUAGUCCCAAUUCUGAAACUGUCAUCAUAGCUACAAGUGGAAAAUCACAACUUGAGAAGCCACUUACUAAAGUUGAAAGUGCCAGCUCUAGCUCUGCUUUAGACAAUAAAAGCCUUGAAAGUCUCGGUCUAAGCUAUCUAGACUCUACCAUAGCCGAUCUUCAAUCAGACAUAUCCACAGUCGCUCAUUCAUUCUACUCAGACCAGAGCCAUGAUUUCUCAGACUCCUCCCCUGAUGAUGAUGAUGAUGAUGAUGAUGCUGAGGAGGAAGAAGACCAGCGCUCAGUCAUAGAGAUGGCUUUUUCAUCUGGUCAGCCUAGCAUGCCAGGAUAUAAUCAGGACUCACCUGCACCUUUGACAAAACCAGCCACGGCAGUUAAGGGAGAUGGUCAUUAUAAAAAAGCCAAGAAAGACACACAGAUAUCUCAAGUUCAAGGAGAAGAAGAAAAAAGGUCCACCUUAGCCCGUAGAACUAGAUCUGAGGCUAGUGACAUAAAUAAAUCUUCUAUUAAAGACAGCAGGAGUUAUUCUGACGGUAGUCAGCCCACUAAUACAACUGACCUUUCGCCUUCCAAACUUACUGUAAUGACGCAAGAAAAAGCUUUACCUCAUAUGAUCUCGACAUGCUCUUCUCCAAGGAAAGACAGCCAACUGUCCAAGACUAUAGAAACAUCUGUUAGGCUUUCUUUGGAUACCGAUGAUAUAAGUAGCGGUAGUCACAAGAGCCCAGAUUCUGUUAUCUUCACAUAUGACAUUCCUGCUUCGCAUAGUUCAGGUUCUGAUGGCAGUAGAGUAGAGCCAACAGAGCAUGUGUCUUGUGACACAGAGGAUGUAUUUGAAUCCAGGCCUGCCUGGAAUGAAACAGUGGAAACUCAGAUGCAGAGAAUCAUCGAUGACCAAACUUCAGAAUGUACGGCAGUCGAUUGGCAGGAAGAUGCUGACAGGAAAGAGGAGACAUUAGCUAUCAUUUCAGAUCUUCUUGGCUUCAGCUGGACUGAACUUGCAAGAGAACUGGAAUUCAGUGAAGAUGAUAUUCAGCUAGUGAGAACAGAGAAUCCUAAUUCCCUCCAAGAGCAGAGCCAUGCUUUACUGCAGCGCUGGGUUGAACGUGAGGGCAAACAUGCCACAGAGGACUGUCUGAUUAAGAGGCUGACUAAGAUCAACCGCAUGGACAUUGUCCAUCUUAUUGAAACCCAGAUGAACAAGUCAGUUCAAGAGCAAACAUCUAGAACUUAUGCAGAGAUAGAGAAGACACUGGAUCACAGUGAAGUGUCAGUAGCCUUAUCUUCAGUCCAAGAGGAUGCAGACAGCCCCAGAGUUGUGAGAAAAGUGGAGUCAGAUCGCAGACCACCCCCAGCUGUUUCAGAAGAGGACCUCUCAGUCGCUUCACUACUGGAUAUUCCUUCAUGGGCAGAGCCUGUUGGACAGAUCCACUCAGAGAGCAUGCAUGGUGACCUAUUGGAGGAGCUUGAGAUCCCGCAUGAGUUAAAUCCUAACUUGUGGACCUCUGAGGAUGUAAUUACACGUGAAUCAAGUCAAGACAACUUAGAUGAGCAAUCUGAUGAAAUGCCAGACCUCCCUGCCCAGUCGGUGUCAGAAGAAAGGUACAAGGAUGAAAAUGGACACAUAGUUGUCAAAAAGGUUACCCGUAAAAUUAUACGGAAGUGUGUUUCCGCGGAUGGUGCGGAGCAUGAAGAGAUGACCCUAGAAGGGGCUCCUCAGGGGUUUGUCCCUGCAGCGGAGGGAGAUGGCUACUCUAAGGUUGUGAAGCGGACAGUCGUGAAAAGUGAGGGAGACCACACCGAGGUGACUUUUACCGAACGUGAGCAUUCGUCAUCUUUAAGGCAGGAGACGGCUGAUGAACGCAAGAUCAGUCACACGGAAAGGACAACAGUGGUGGAGGGUGAAAGGACAGUGACACACCAUGGUGAUCAGUCUUUGACCUCUGAUCUCCCUACAGCCCAGGAUGACUUCAAAGAGGGCCCAUCUGCGUAAGGGUUGCACUCUCAUACAAACAGUGGUUGAGGGAGCUGGGCAGCACAAACAGGUCAUUCAAGAGAAAGUGGACCACCCAAGAAAAGGAUCGAAAACCCGUGAUCUCCAACAGCAUCUCCACCAGCUCUUUCACCGCUACUACGAAGAAGAAAAGAACAAUGACGAUGAGGAAGGAAGAGUAAAUGAUUGAGUAACACUCUGCCCAACUCCCUGGUUGUGCCCAUGCUAAAAUCCCUGCUAGUCCUAUGCAUUAGUCACAUGCAAUCCUAGUGUGCACAAACACACCUCAAAGCUACCACAGUCUUCCCCUUUAGGACCUGGAAGAUGAUUUUUAGUUCCUGAUUAGGAGUUUUUUUUUUUUCCCUGUGUGAUGUUAAAGUAUUUCUAAAUUUCUGUAUUUUUUUUUAUUUUUUUAUUUUUUUGCCUUUUGUGAC